AUGCUUGAACUGCGACUUAAGCACAAAAAAGAAGUCAUUGAGGAGAAGAUACAUCAAAUAGAUGAGAAAGUUGCUAAACUUGGGGACCUGUUGCCCAAGUUUAGAACAGAAGAUUUAGAAAGUGAAAAGGAUAUGUUAACAGAACGUGCAGCCCGCAUUACCAAACAAGAAAGAUCUAGCAAGAAACAAUUCCAGCAAUGCAAACGAAAAUUGGCCACACAGCUUAUCGAAGAGAACCGAAUAAAAAGACGCAAGAUCUGUUCAGGUGCACCCCGACUGUUGGACAGCGAUGAUGAGGAGUACAUUAAAAGAGCCAUCGAGGAUAAAAGCACAGCUCAUGGAAGACGGCAUGAUUCUGUGCUUUACACCAACAAACGUGUAAAGAAGAAAAAUUUCCUUUCGAUUGCAAACUAUCAUUUAUACAGGAAAGGGAAAAAGUUGAUCAAAAGUGCUACCACGGUAGUGAACAGAGGGAAACCAAGAAACAAAUCAUCCCGAGCUGCCAAGGCGCAUCUAGGGAAGUGGCUGUUCUGCUCCAAGAAACCACCAAAAACAGAAAAAGUAUCAAAUGAGUGUACCCACCAUCAACGAAAGUACGUGAAGAAUGCCAAGCUCAGCAUAUUUGAGAAAGAAGGAGAAAAAGACGGCCUAGUCAUUUCCGUGGACGACAAAGCCUAUCUUCGUCCUGAAACGGAUGUUGGAAUGAGAGAUGUCAAAACUGGGAGAAUUUACGACGUUGCCGAUGAAGAAAAACAAAGAAAGCUGCCUCAGCACGAUUUUAGCAUCCCACAAGUUCAUGUUACUCCACCCUCAUUUCGCUUCAUGGUUGGACACAAGGAAAUUAUUGAUGGCAAUACACAUGUCGUGAAUCAUCUUGACCAGACUGUUGUUACAAACCGACCAAAGCACUACAUAGGAAGUUCUGGUAGCGUGUGGGCAUCAGAUACUAUGUUUAUACGAAGAGAACUUCCACAACUUUUCGAAGUUCAAGGAGACCAGUACAGAACUUGUAGCAUUCAGCUUCGAAGAUUUUGCACCCAAGUUCAUGACUUUACAUUCUACUUCGAGGAUACCACCAUGUACGAAGAUGUCAUGGCAUGUACAAACAACUUAAAUUGCAAAUUUCGUGCGUAUGAGUUAUCCCGUCUGUCGUGGUUGGAACGACAGUUAAAAAAUGCACAACUGAGAUGGGAGGAAGACAAGAUUGGAAUUGAAGGAGAAGAUGUCGCACUAGGAAAUGAGGCAAAAGACACUGUGAAAGUUGUUCUUGACACUUUAGAAGAAAGGGGACAAGGCAUCAGGGGUUCCACCAAGGAAAAUUUGUGGGAGAUUUAUGUUUACUUGCUAGACAAAGUAAGAAAGAUUCAGCAGCACAUUGCAGGACUUAAUUUACCUAAAGCAAAGAGAGAUGUACUGUUUGCCACUGAUACUGGACCUGGUGUUGGCUGCAGCAAUAUUGAAGUCAGAUUCAGAGAUGCAGAAGUUGCACGAAUCCUCAAUUUUGAUCGCUUAAACCGCAUUCACAGAGCACGUGACGACAGUGGACAGAAUGAAGCAGAGCGAUCGAAUGCCUGUAUUGGAGAGGCUAUUGUUGAUGGAGGGGCUUUAAAGUGGAAGUACCAUGAAGCUCUGGACAGUCUGGACAACGAAGAAGUCAGAAACCUUUCCAUUGAUGAAUUAAACAAACUUGAAGAAAAUGCAAUGGAACGAAAUGGAUGGUGUGUUGCAAAAGAUGUGACUGAACGAAUACAAGGGGAGCCAGGUCCAGCUGGAGACUUUAUGCACUCCUUCGUUACACCUAAAAAAGAAGACCAAUUUUUUUUCAAUACUGAACAACUAAAGCAGUUUGUAUCAACAGCAGAAUCUAAACAAAACGACAUACCAGGCCAUGCGUACUUUAAGAAAAUCAAUGCCUUCAUCGAACAGCACGUUCACGUCGGAGAACUAUACUUAGAACAUAUCAAAGGUGAUUGCCAACAAAACAGUGGAGUCCUGUGUGAGUUUUGCACCAAAUUCCCUCCUUCCAGAGAUUCAGUGUACCGGGCACCACGUCCAACUGACCUGAUGAAACCGCUCUACCAGAUCUGAAAUACUUAUCAUUUGACGAAACUCCGAUCACUUCACCAGAGGGACAUUCCAGAGAGAUAGAUGAUUAUCAACCAAGGGCUCAGAUUAAAAGGCAUGUAAAAGAAAGAAAACUAACCCUGGAAGACAGUGACUCAAUUGUUGAGUUUUCCAAAACCUUUGCUGUUCAGGAAUUACAUGUGCGAAAGUACCUCGAGCACCUCCAGUAUCUUGAAGUGAAGAAAUCGAAACGAAAAGAUGAUAGAAAACGUCAGAGAGAAACUGACUCCCAAAAGAAGUACGCUGAUUACAACCGGGAAGAUAUGUUCAAGGCGGGGACACUGAAAAAGCUGAAAGUAUCAGCUCUGAAUCUCUUUCUGGAAGAGCACCAAAUGGGAAAUAAGAAAAUGAAGAAAAACGAGAAGCUAGUAUUAAUUCCAGCUUGUUUAGCCAAAGCCCAGCUUGACAAACCAACAAUUGAACAAGCUGCGAGAAAGGUUAACGUGGAAGAAAAUGUAGAUUUUCAUGAUGGCGAACACGGGUAGGAGACAGGGGACGAUGACGAUCAUGACUAUGAUAGUGUUCACGCAGAUGAUACUGAUGGUGAUGACAACAUUGACUGUGGCGACAAAGAGUAUGAUGGCAGCAGCAAAAACUACGAUGUAGUUCUCCAUGUAAUUGGAAGUUCCAGCGAAGAAGAGGAAGACGAUGAUGACGAUGAACAAGAAGUGGAUGAUGGCAUAGAAGAUGAAUUCUGUUCAAGAGUGGGACGACGUGUUACAACAUUUCGAUCUCGAAGAUUUUUUGGAGCCAAUAUAACCUAA